UUAUCCACAAUGCCUGGCUAUUCAGAAUUUUACUUCAAUGUGAAUCAUGGUUACCUGGAGGGGCUGGUUCGUGGCUUUAAAGGUGGAAUCUUGCAGAGUUCUGACUAUGUCAACUUAGCACAGUGUGAAACACUGGAAGACCUGAAGUUACACUUGCAGACCACAGACUAUGGGAAUUUCUUGGCCAAUGAAACUGGGCCUUUGACUGUUUCUAUCAUUGAUGACAAACUAAAAGCCAAACUACUGACAGAAUUUCAUUAUUUUAGAAACCAUGCCUUUGAGCCACUUUCUACAUUUUUAAACUAUAUUACGUACAGCUAUAUGAUUGACAAUGUAAUUCUGCUCAUUACUGGAACACUGCGCCAACGACCUAUCGAUGAACUGGUUCUGAAGUGCCAUCCUUUGGGCAGCUUUGAGCAAAUGGAAGCUGUUAGCAUUGCUCCAAAUCCUGCAGAGUUAUUUAAUGCAAUCUUGGUGGACACACCAUUAGCUGAUUUUUUUCAAGAUUGUGUAUCUGAAACUGAUCUGGAUGAAAUGAAUAUUGAAAUCAUGCGCAACAAGCUGUACAAGUCUUAUCUUGAGGCAUUUUAUAAUUUCUGCAAAAAACAAGGUGGCACUACAGAAGAUAUAAUGUGCCCACUUUUAGAGUUUGAAGCAGACCGGCGGGCUUUUAUUAUCACCAUCAAUUCAUUUGGCACUGAGCUGAGUAAAGAAGACAGACAGAAGCUGUAUCCAACGUGUGGAAAACUGUAUCCAGAAGGUUUAGAUAUGCUUGCCAAAGCGGAGGAUUAUGAGCAAGUGAAGGGCGUUGCCGACUACUACGCUGAAUACAGGGCUUGCUUUGAAGCUGUAGGAGGUGGUACAGGUGAAAAAACACUAGAAGACACUUUUUUUGAACAUGAGGUCAAAAUGAAUGUGCUAGCUUUCAACAACCAGUUCCAUUUUGGUGUCUUUUAUGCCUAUGUAAAGCUGAAGGAACAAGAAAGCAGAAAUAUUGUAUGGAUUGCAGAAUGCAUCUCCCAGAGACACAGAACAAAAAUUAACAACUACAUUCCAAUUUUCUGAAGUACAUAUUAACAAUGGGUGUUAACAGUAUCAUAUAACUACUACAUUCAAUAUAGCUUUCUUCUGUUUCCAAUCAAUUUGCAAAGAGAGGUCAGAUUUUACGUUAUGGCCAUCAAGAAAGGGGCAUUUUAGAAAUUAUUAAUAGAACUGUCACAAUUCCAUUAGCUGUUCAAAUGAAGAAGCUCAAUCUACAAAUUUGGCAAUUUUCAGUCACAACAAUACUGGAAAGUGCCCAAAUAAAAGGUGGACAUGUGUCCUACCUUGAGAAGACAGUCCUCUAAUUCAGUGUUUUCUGAAACUAGCUGAUGUGGAAGAACUGCAAUUCCUACCUCCACAUUUGCCAGGAGGAACCAUGUUUGUGUCCAUUGGCUACAAUUAUUUCUUUCUUUUCCAGAAGCUUUCUGGGGACCCUCACCUUUGCAUGCCCCACCAUGUUGAGCAUGCUGCUCUAGUUGAAGAUAACCUCUCUUUGCAAGGUCCACUAAUCCAUCUUAAAGAUAAAAGACAAAAAAGGGGACAUAAAGGGCCUUGCAGUUUCCCACAAACAGAUAGCACCUGGACAGUGGACUGAGCAGAUCUAUUCAGUCUAAUGAGGGAUCAGUCAUCCCCAUUAGAGCAUAAUGUCUGUUUAAACUAUAGUCAUUAUUAUGAAUUUGAAUCCAUAUACAGUGGUGCCUCGGGUUACGAAAUUAAUUCGUUCCGCCAUUCCUUUCGUAACCCGAAAAUUUCGU